GAGCUGAACCCUCGCUGUGACGGGCUGCAGCCAUGGCGUCGCACCGCGCGUGGCUAUCGGCCGCGCAGCUCUCGCGGCAGUUUUUCCAGUCUGCCCGCUAUGUGCGUCCCACCAACUCAGUGGUCAACGACAGCUCGGAGCGGCCGGCGCCGGCGCCGCACCCGGCUGUCAGCCUGCUGCCGCUCUUCACCUGCGUGCCGCCGCCGCCGCUCAGCGCGCCCGUGAAACGCCGCUUCUCCACCGCCCUGCCGCGCGGCAAAAAGUACCACGAGGCCGAGAACGAGUUCGCGCACGAGGUGAUGUCCAGCCUGCCGGCGUACCGGCGCACACUGCACUACCACGUGCUGGGCGGCGAGGCGGCGCCGCUGGACGCGCCCGUGCGCGGCCAGCAGGCCGGCUGGGCCGCCCAGACGGCCGCCACCCUGGUCAGCGCCAUGCGGCGGCUCCAGGUGAGCGGCGACGAGGGGGGCGCGGCGGCCCCGGUGCCGGCCGAGCCGCCGGCCGCCGACCCGGCGCUGGCGGCCCGCUGCGCUCAGUACUCGGACGACCAGAUCGUGUGUCUGCUGGCUGCGCUGUGCUCGUGGCCGCCGGGCGGGCAGCCGGAUGAGCUCAGCUUCCGGCGACUGUGGCAGGCGCUGGACGGCGAGUGCUGCCGGCGGCUGGCGCGCUGGGACGCCGAGCGGGCGCUGCUGGUGGCCGACCUCUGGUAUCGGCUGCAGGUCAGCCGGCUGACCCAGUACAGCGGACACCUGCUGGAGCACCUGGGCCGCAGGCUGGGCCAGCUGUCGCCCUCGCAGCUGGUCCAGUACCUGUUCUUCGUCAACCUGUCCCGGCGGCUCGGCGGAGUGAAACAGGUGGACCUGGAGCGUAAGAUCCUGCAGUGUCUGCCUCUGCUCUCGGUCGACGAGCUGGGCAUCAUCUGCAUGAGCUUCUUCAAGACGCAGACGCCGCUGCAGCUGGACGAGCUGGUGGACGCGGUGGUGUACAAGCUGCUCAGCUGCGUGGAGACGGCCAAGCCGGAGACGGUGUGCGCCGUGCUGAAACUGCUCCGGCUCAGCGUGCCCGCCAGGAGGUGGCAGGUCCUGGAGCGCGUGUACGACCGCCUGCUGCCUCUGGUGGAUGGGUUCAACUCGCUGGUACAGCUGCACCUACUGCUGCUGGGCACCCAGGCGCUGGUGCACCACCCGGCCGCCGUGGUGCGCAUCACGGCCCACCUGCACGGACAGCUGGCCAACAUACGGCUCAAGGACAUCGAGCGCCUGCUGUUUGUCACCAUGCUGUUCAACUUCGACCCGGGCGUGGCGUUUUUCGAUGACGUCGUGUCGGACCUGCGCUCGGAGCGACGCGUCGAGGAGCGCAAAAAGUACCCCAAGUGUCUGAUGUCGUGUCUGAUGUACCUGGCGUACCACCGCGUGUACCCGGCCGACCUUAUCGCCACCGUGGUCAGCCCUUCGUUCGUCAGCUCCAUCAAUGACUCGAUGCUGUCGUCCUACAGCGGCCUGGAGCGUGAGCUCACCGCUCUCAGCUGUACGCUGGAGCUGGAACUGCCGGGAUUCGUCUCCGAACUGCCCAAAGAGUACCGACAGAAACACCUCAAGAAGCACAUGGCCCGUGUGCCGCGGCCGGGCACUGGCAGACUGACGUUCGCCGAAAACACCCAGCUGGCAGUGCGGGCCACUCUGGCUGAGCUGCUCGGCGGACCGGACCGCGUGGCCGCCCUGCACGUGCUGCCCCACUUCGUCACACCAGAUAUCGUAGUGUGUCUGGACAGCUCUGGCCGCGGGCUGGUCCUGCCGCCGGCGUACAUCCGUCAGCCGGCGCUGGCCGCUAAACGGCCGCUGCCCGGACUGGGCCACUGGGUGUGUGUGGUGGUGGGAGGUCGGAGCUGCUACACCAGAAACGACCAGCACCCGGUGGGCAACUUCCUGAUGCGGCUGCGGCAGCUGCAGCUGGUCGGAUACAGCGUGCUAGAGGUUCCGUGGUACGAGUUCCAGGACAAGUCACACCGUCUCGGCUACCUGCGCCGUAAACUGCAGCAGCUGAGUGUCCCGCCGCCGGUGCCCCUGACCCCUCCUGGCGGCAGCCCGCCCCGCGCCGCCCGCCUCAGGUAGGGGAGCGGGGAUCGGUGCGGUAACAGCGACAUUUCGGGAACGUGAUGCUUAGUUAGUGUACGCUGUACACUGUAAACCCUCGGUGGAGGCAUGGUUUGAAGGCGUUAUGACAUGACAAGCUCAGUGUUAACGUGAUGUGACGAAAACGGUAUGGCCUGUGGCGUUAUUCACGAGCUGAGCUGGUGUGUAGCCGAUGGAACCAUAACGCACUAUCAGAGAGACCUCUGACUCCUGUGUUGCCGAGACCUCGCGACUCUUAUCCACUCGGUACUGCAGCGGCGGGCCCGUGAAGACUCCAUUCAGUAAAGGAAGCCAGGGCAGGCCGCAGCGCGCCAUUGGCGAGAGAGCUCCCUGUCGGGUGAAUGAAAGCCGUACAAGAGCGUCGUGGUGGAGCCAGAGGCGGGGAUAAUCUACUACGUAAAGCGUGCGGCGUGGUGAGCCGGGAUCUGCUUGUACUUAAAGGUGUCCCUGACAAGUCAGAAAGUACAGUGAUUCGUGCAGUGAUUCGUGCAGUGAACAGGACUCUGGUGUUUGUUUUUCAUGAAACAAGAGUUACCGUCUCACCGCCAGCUAGCUAUGUCCUGCUUGUUUUAUCUUUUUUUUGCGUCUGUGUGUGUCAAUGUGUGGUAGUCAAAGUUGUUUAUGUUUGUUGGACUCCGCCGGCCUGAGUGACAGCAAUUAUGGUUCAACAGAGAUCUGACGAAGUCUCUGUCUACGUGAAUGUGUAGGCCAGUGGACAGUUCUAUUCGCCUUGUUUGAGAUUUUUUGAAAGUUGAUUUAUAUCCUUAAGACAAGAACAUUAUGUUUAUUUCUUUCAUUCAAAAGCCUCCUUCAUAUUAUUUAUGCUGGCAUAGUUAAAAGAGGAUGGCUUUCUCAAAAUGACAAAGAAUGGGAGGGACCCUCCAGCUCUGAGCAGUGCAAAGAUUUAUUAGCAAGUGCGUGUAGGUUAGCGGGAAGGUACCAAGUGAACUCAUGACAAACUCAGUCAAAGGUGUUCACAUGCCGCGUCCGUCAUACUCAUCGUUUUAUGAAAACACUCUGAUAUCCAAUGUCAAUCUUGAGAGACAAGGACGCCAGUGGAACACUGUGCUAGUUCACUGCGGUGGUAUACACUGCGCCUGUUUUUAUUUCGAUGAGUUUAGUUGUUCGGUGCUCUCUGCUUCUAUGCGUUUGAUUGCUGGGCGUCUGUACUGGCGCUUUGACUCUGUCAUUGGUGCUACUUUGAGCUUAAUAUGACGUGGUACUUAGUC